UUUUUUUUUUUGGUCAACCAUCACUAGUAGACGUUACAUGUUUCGCCGACUGCCUUUACAUCCUCUUCGCCUCUUGAAUACGCAAUCUUUGGGAUGUCGCCACGUGUCUACGGCUAAACCCUUCUACAUUACUACCCCCAUCUUUUACCCCAAUGCAGUUCCUCAUAUAGGCCACUUGUAUUCCCUCUUGAUAGCAGACAUCUACUACCGCUAUUAUUCCCUCAAAGAUCCCUCUCGAGCAGCGCUGUUUACCACCGGAACAGACGAGCAUGGCCUGAAGAUCCAGAAAGCCGCUCAGGCCAAAGGCCUUCCCCCCAAGGAGUUUUGCGACCACCUCAGUACCCAUUUCCGUCGAUUAUCCCGAACCGCGAACAUUUCGUAUACUCGAUUCAUUCGGACGAGCGAGGACGCGCAUGAGGAAGCAGUACGGCAUAUCUGGCGCGAACUAGACGCCCAAGGGCUGAUCUACAAAGGGACGUAUUCGGGCUGGUACUCCAUCACCGACGAGUGUUUCUACCCGGACGGUGCCGUGUCGCACAUCGCAGGACAGGCCAUAGCCACCGAGACGUCCUCCCCCGUCGAGUACACCACGGAGACGAACUACAUGUUCCAUCUGUCGGCUUUUCGCGGGGCGCUGCUGGACCAUUACGCGGCGCACCCGACGGCCAUCUUCCCGCAGCAGCAUCUCGCGGAUACCCUCGCGAUUCUGACGGAGCCGCUCCAGGACAUCUCCAUCUCGAGGCCACGCGCGCGGCUCUCGUGGGGGAUCGCGGUCCCCGGUGACCCAGAGCACACGAUAUAUGUCUGGAUAGACGCGGUGAUUUCUUAUUUGACUGCUAUCGGAUACCCUUGGAGAGAUGCCGAAAAUUCUGGCCUCUCCAAUGGCUGGCCUGUUGAUCUUCAGAUAAUUGGGAAGGAUAUUGUCAGGUUCCACGCGAUAUAUCUGCCAGCUAUUCUGUUGGCGCUCAAGCUCCCGCUACAGCGUCGACUCCUUGCCCACGCGCACUGGACGUCAUCUCAGAAGAAGAUGUCCAAGUCUUUGGGAAACACCACGGACCCGUUUGAUGUUAUGGGCACGUACGGUGUCGACCCUGUCCGAUACUACAUGGCGAUUGCGGGAGGCAACUUCCGAGAUGAUGUUGAUUGGUCCGACGCCCAAGUGAAGAAGGAGACGACCGAGCUCCGGAAUAUCCUGGGCAAUUUUCUGCUUCGCGUGACUUCUUCGAAGAUACGGGGGAUUAUCGACGGCGCUAGGGAAAAGGGGGGAGUUCUAGAACCUGCCCAAGAUGGCCGAUACGAGCCUCUGUGCGAAGCAUUGAAGGUUCUCCCCGGCGAGGUGGCGAAGGAUUUAGAAUCGCUCGAGGUCUCGGAUGCUUUGAAGAGGAUAAUGGAGGUGGUCAGAUUGGCGAAUAAGAUACUGACCGACGUCGAACCAUGGAAUGGAGAUUCUCCGGCUCUUACACUGGCAUCGUUCGAUGCCUCUGUUGAAGCAUUGCGCGUUGCUGGAAUCUGCCUACAGCCAUUCAUUCCUGAUACGGCGAAGAGGCUGCUCGAUGCCCUUGGCGUCAACGAGCAAGAGCGAGCGUGGGUGUAUGCGGACAAGACGGGAGCAGGUGUCGGUCUGGUGAGAGGUAUCAAAUUGUUCGAAAAGUAAAAUACACCCAAAAGCUAGCAAAAGAAAAAAUCGUUUUUGCUGA